AUGUCCAACUCGACAGUAGCAGGAGCAGCCGCAGGAGCAGGGAUGGACGUGAAUACGAUCCUAUGGAAACAGAUGGGUGCCAACGUUAACAACACUACUUGGUACGCGAUCAUAGGAACUGUCCUUCAAUCAUUGAUAGUUUCAUCGAUCUUAUCAAACACUUCGAAUUAUUUCAGUUAUUUCACUCAGACUGAUUCGAUCUGGUUAUUGGAAGCUGUCGGCCUAGGAGCUAUACUGUCUGUAGGAGCAUUAGGAUUAACAUGCGCACAAGCAUACCACCUGGUGUAUGAAAAUGAACAUAACAUCGCUACCCAUUUCCGAUUCCUGAUGUUUGGCGACAUGUCGCAUCUACUCAUUGGAGCUAUAUUUAACGCUGCUGGUGCGAGUUAUUAUGCCUAUAGAGCAUGGAGGAUGUCAGGUAAUAAAUGGUACAUCAUACCUCCUUUCGCCAUUGGUAUCGUUGCACAGUUGGUAAUCGCCUUAGUUGCUGUAGGAAACGGACUGAAGAUGCCCAAACUCACUAUCGAGGCCGUUAAGGAUUUACCAACAUUUAUGAGUGGGACUAUUACCUGGUUUAGAGCUUGGGGUGCUAUUACAUGUGCUGUUGAUGGCACUUUAUGUUUGUUCAUGACUUUCAUGUUAUUCAAAUCUAAACAAGGUAUAUUCCAUAAUCAAGAUCGGUUGUUCAAGAGAUUGAUUUCACUUGUAUAUGAAACUAUGAUGCCACCUGUACUGUGCUUGUUGAUUUUGGAGUCAUGUAGUGGAGUAUCCGGUUCACCCCUGACCGACUUUCGAAGGAUUUUCACCUCUAUCUUGCCUGUUUUAUAUUAUCAUUCCGUCCUGUCUACUCUUGUAGGUCGAAAGACCAUCCAGAAGAUCCUCGCUCGGAAGCUCAAUGCGGAGGGUAUCGAACAACUCUCUGGAUCUGGUAGUGGAUCCGGGGGACAUGUCUCCAAAUCUGGUGGAAGGGUAUAUGUCAGUAGACCUAAAAGGGGUGAAAAAGAUGUGGAAUUAGGAAAUGUCAGAUCACCCUAUACGCCCAGAUCCAAAUUGUCAGAAGGUCCUGUUGUACAUGUUGAAACUGAACAAACUACUACGACUACUGGACCGGACGGCUACGAAAUUCAUCUACCAACACUAGGAAGGAAUAGAUUGCCCAGCGAUCAUCAUGGAGUGAACAGCCAAGAUAGUGUAAGUUGGGAAGGUACGAAUAACUAUAAUCAGAAAUGGGAAUCUACAGAUAGAUUGUAUGAUGGACUCGGUACAGGUCGGGCAACGUGA